AUGGGUCGAGGAGGAUACCGUCAAAUCAACAAGACACUCAACAUCUGUGCUUUCGAGGACUACCUUGACACACAGGUUGCACGUUUACCUAGACUAAAUGAUGUAGAACAAAUCACCCCUCGCGUUCUUCGCGUUUUGGGUCAAAACGAAGGAAAGUUUACCCUACAAGGAACGAAUACAUAUAUUAUCGGUACAGGCUCCAAGCGGCUCAUCAUUGAUACAGCCCAGGGUAUUCCGGAAUGGGCCGACUUGAUCGAGUCCACUCUUGCGGAUUCACAUGUACACCUUUCUGAAGUACUUCUUACCCACUGGCAUGGUGACCACACGGGUGGAGUACCUGAUUUGCUCCGUUUGUACCCUUAUCUCGAGAAUUCAAUCUACAAGCACAGCCCUGACAGAAAUCAACAACCAAUUUCCGACGGGCAGAUUUUCAAAGUUGAGGGAGCCACUGUUCGCGCUGUUCAUGCCCCUGGGCACUCACAUGAUCACAUGUGCUUUAUCUUGGAAGAAGAAAAUGCCAUGUUUACGGGUGACAACGUUCUCGGCCACGGAACUGCUGCCGUUGAAAUUCUUCCCACUUGGAUGGAGUCAUUGCGGAUUAUGCGAAGUCAUAACUGCGCUAUUGGCUACCCUGCACACGGCGAAGUUAUUCGUGAUUUACCCUCAAAGAUUACAACGGAGCUAGGGUCAAAGGAAAGACGAGAGAGACAGGUUUUGCACGCUUUGCGUCGCAUCAAAAGCGAGGAGCAGAGCGCCGGAAGCGGUAAGGGCAGUGUGACUGUGAAGCAACUUGUCACGGCAAUUUACGGCGAUACACUUGAUGAGCAUGUGAGGCAGAUGGCAGUGGAGCCUUUUACGGACGAGGUACUACGAAAAUUGGCCGGCGAUUGCAAGGUGGCUUUCGAGAUAAAGGGGGGGCAGAAGAAAUGGUUUACUAUAGAGCCUGUAUAG